GGCCUCUUUUUAUUUUUUGAGACAGGGACUUACUACUAAGUUGUCUAGGCUGGCUUUGAAUUUGUGAUCCUCUUGCUUCAGCCUCCCUAGUACCUGGGAUUAUAGGUGUGCCCCACUAUGUCUGUGACCAUAUGCAGCUUUAAGGGAGACAUAGAAAUAUAGUUUUAUGGGGAUAUAUUCAGUAUUUAGAAUUUUGCGAUAUAAUUUGCAUAAAGUGAGAUUCCCAGAUUGUAAACAUAGAGUUUAAGAUUUGACAAGUGCUUGCAUCCAACUCAUGUCCCUCUCACGUUAUGGAGCAUUCAUCACUCCAGAAAUUCCCUCCUGCUGGUGUGUGUGUGUUUUCUUUAACAAUCCCAUAGAGUGGCUGGGGCUUGGGGGGGGGUGCGCAGAAAAAAUGAGGUCUUAAUGGGAAUGAAAAAGAGCUGGAGAGACUGGAGGGGGAAGCCAAAGGAGACUGGUUGAAUGUAGAUGAAGAAUAAUCAGAGAAUGCUGAGCCCCUAGCAAAAAGAGGAGAUUGGGAGAAUAAGACCAGGUUGUUGUGGGUGGGAUGGAAGGAGGAAGAAUGAGUACUUGUUGGGUGUGUUGAGUCUGAAGUGCUGGCAAAACAUCCAGGUGGAGAUGCCUAGUAGGUAGUUGUGUCUAGGGCUUGCAAGGGCAAUCAAAGCUCAGUUGCACCAAAUACCAGAGAGAUGAUGCUAAAGACAACAGGCCAAGAAAUGGCCCCAGAGUUUGGUAAAUGUGAGCUCCCUGAUAGCCUUUGAGCGAGCAGAAUCCAGGUGCCAAAGGCUGAACAAAUUAUGCAAAUGGUACUGGUAGGAUCGACUGAAAUCAUUUGAAACCCUCUUUAAAGACUGAAAUUCUUGCAUAAACAAAAGGUUUGUAUGUGCUGCUCUUUUAUUUAUUUAUUUAUUUUUUGUGCUGCUCUUUUAAAAAGGUUGUUAAUGAAAGCAGAAAAAUGGUAAUGCCAGAGGAAAAGAUCAGGAAUUCAUCCCAUUCUUACAGGAAAAUAGUUCCUUGUGCUUUCCAGUUAGCUUUCCAAAAGCAAAAGGAAAGGACAGUGCUCUGCUCCAGAGAGUGGAGCUGAAGGUAUAGAGAUGGGAGAGGGAUGCCACCUUUGACAACUGUUGGUGUGGCAGCAAUUCCUCCUGUGGGACAGAACGGCUAACGGACAGAUGGGUCAGAAUGCGAACUCCCUAUCUCAGAGAGUAGGGAGGGCUUCCUGCGGCCUCCUCCCUCCAGGAGGUGGGGACAAGGUGGAGCAAGGAUUGCGAGAGGAGGAGCUCGCUCAUCACCACAAGCCCGGUCGCGUCCAGUCUCGCCUGGGCGCCGAGGAAAAGAUCUCCUAAUCUCCGCCACUGGAGUAGCCUGUCCAGGUGCCCCAGUGCCCUGCCCCCAUCCAGUCAUGACCCUGCGCCCCUUAUUCCUGCCCCUCCAUCUCCUGCUGCUGCUGCUGCUCAGUGGGACGGUGUGCCGGGCUGAGGCUGGGUUCGAAACCGAAAGUCCCGUCCGGACCCUCCAAGUGGAGACUUUGGUGGAGCCCCCCGAACCGUGUGCAGAACCCGCUGCUUUUGGAGACACGCUCCACAUACAUUACACGGGUACCUUGAUAGAUGGACGCAUUAUUGACACCUCUCUGACCAGAGAUCCUCUGGUUAUAGAACUUGGCCAAAAGCAGGUGAUUCCAGGUCUGGAGCAGAGCCUUCUAGACAUGUGUGUAGGAGAGAAGCGAAGGGCAAUCAUCCCUUCUCACUUGGCCUAUGGAAAACGGGGAUUUCCACCAUCUGUCCCAGCGGAUGCAGUGUUGCAGUAUGACGUGGAGCUGAUUGCACUGAUCCGAGCCAACUACUGGCAAAAGCUGGUGAAGGGCAUUUUGCCUCUGGUAGGCAUGGCCAUGGUGCCAGGCCUCCUGUGUCUCAUUGGGUUUCACCUAUACAAAAAGGCCAACACACCCAAAGUCUCCAAAAAGAAGCUCAAGGAAGAAAAACGAAACAAGAGUAAAAAGAAAUAAAUGAUAGUACUUUUAAAGAGCUUUGUAUUCUUCA